CGUUUUUUUUGGCCAAUGAAAUUACUGCUCCCCCUCCCGCGAUUCCGGGGUGGCCGAGCUUGUGGGAGUCAGUGGAGAAGCAACGGUGAUUAUUGGGUUGAAACUGCCGGGACAGACGUGCAGGACAGAAAGCAUUGGUCUGCUCCAGCCACUUUGGUUUACACCAUGAUGAUGACAGAACAGUCAUCUGCUGGUUGCAGCAGCACCAGCCACUGCUAUGCUUCUCAGCCCGGUAAAACUUCCAAGAUCCGUGGACAGGCCAACAGCAGUGUUGACGUGGUACAUGUUGAUUUUCCUGAUGUCCCUGCUGCUCUGUUAGAUAGCCUGAAUCAGCAGAGGGUAGAGGGCAAAUUAUGUGACCUGUCUAUCCAUGUGCAGGGUCAAAUAUUCCGUGCUCACAGAUGUGUUCUGGCAGCAUCCUCACCUUAUUUCCAUGACCAGGUUAUGCUAAAAAAUGUUAGCUCAGUAGUCUUGCCUUCAGUGAUGGAUCCCUUUGCAUUUGAGAGUGUCCUGGGCUCUGCUUACACUGGCAAGCUGAGCAUGGCAUCGGAUGAGAUCAUCAACUAUGUGACGGUUGGCAGCUUCCUGCAGAUGUGGCAUGUAGUGGACAAGUGCACAGAGCUACUUCGGGAAAGUAGCUUGACAGGAGCAAGUCAUAGUCUUCGACCACAUUCCUCUAGCCGUAAUGUGGAGCACCAGUCUCCAAGCAGCACCAACUAUUAUAGUCCCAGAGAAACACCUAGUGGAAUAAAUGCAGUUGAACAUGUAACUGAUGGGAUGGCUUCUGGUCACAGACAUAGUAGACAUGAUGUGGGUGAUUCAGUUGGUUCUUCACCACCUCCUGUUAUUCCCCCUUUAUCGUCUCAUCCAAGAAACAUGCCUGCACAGUCCUCUUGGGGGGAAAAUAGUAAUACCCCUUCCACAAGCCAGACAGCAUAUACUGAAAAGAGGUGGCUCAUAGGCAGGCAGCAGCCAUCAGUAGAAUUUGAGUGCAGUGAAUCCAGUGCCUACUCUGAAGAGAUGGGUCUAAGCAACAGGGGAGUUGGACUUCACUAUGACUCUGCCAGGUCGAAACAGUUAUCACUUUGUGAUGAAGCACGCAUUGGUAUGGGCCGGAGAAGCCGAAACAAAAGUCUGAACAAAAUGAAGUAUCGAAACCUGGCUAGUCGAAUGCCAAGCUGUGUAAAUUUGGCAUCACCUACAGGUUCGGCUCAGCAAGCUCAUCCUCAGGUGACUGGGGCCGGCAGACUUCGAGGUGUUAGGCACAGUUUACGACGAACCAGUGUGAAAAGGGACACCCGGUCUGCCAAUCAAGAAAGUGGCUUAGUAUUAACAUGUGACGAUGAUGAGCAAGUUAAAGACCGAGAAAUAGGAGAAAGAGCAGAUGGACUGCUAAAUCAUGAAGUGAGGAAUCAUUCAGACCCUGAAAUUACUACAGAUCGUAAGGAUCCUUCUCUUGGAGAUGUUAUGGUUGCAGAUCUCGCCAAUGAACAGGACAGAGAAUUGUUGGGACACCACAAUUCACAGACACAGCAAAGGCACUGGGUAGAACAGCAGCAACAGCAAGUUAUGGGGGCAUCUGGUGUUCAAGGUCUUGAACAGCCCUCUAGUCUUGAAGACAACGACCAAGAUGACUCCGAGGUUGAUGACGCACACGCAUUUUCUUACCACCAGAUUUCCAAUCCGUCUCAGUAUGGCAGACUUCCAGGUCAGACUACCAGUGGAAGUAAAAGGCAAAUACUGGAUGUACAACACCAUCAGACCCCAUCACUGAGCCAACACAGCCACCCAGCUCCCUACUCUGGCACCUUCAGCAGUGGCAGCCUAGAUGAGCAGGUCAAUUUUUGUGAAUCAUCCCAAGAUUUUGCAACUACCUAUGAUGAAAUUGAGGAGGGUACUGGUCAGGUUUCCCAGAGACCUUUGCUACAACAUCCUUCUGAACUUUCUGGUAGCUCGAUGUUGGCAUAUGGGGGUGGUUCACAGGGGAUAAUUCCACCGACAUCCAGUGCAAGUGGGACAGGUUUUGGUUUAUCCCAAUGCUCCAGUUCACCUUUAGAGCAGACUGGCACAGGCAUUGCAGCCGCUGCACCCGGGACUGCUGGGUACUCUGGGAAGGUCCAUUUUUGCCUCUGUGGCAAAGCUUACAACUUAAAAAGCAUGCGUGACCGCCAUGUUAAAAUGCAACAUCUAAACCUUCGGCCCUUUGCAUGCCCAGUAUGUGAGAAGAUGUUCAAAAUGAAGCAUCAUCUCACCAAGCACCUAAAGACCCAUGCUGGCUUGGAGCCCUUUGAAUGUGAAAUCUGUGGCAAAAAGCUCAUGUGGCGGGACAGCUUCUUGCGACAUAAAGCUCACUGUGAAAAGUUAGCAGCUGCUGAAAUCGCAGCUGCCACGUCGGUCACAAUGGCCGGCUCAAGUGCAUCUGAAGUGAAAGAGGAAGUUGUGGAUCGCCUGCAACGUGAAGAAGAUGAUGACGAGAGCCUGCUCUAUCCAGCCGGGGGCGGAAACUAUUUCAUGAAGGAAGAAACGGAGGAAGUCAAAGAGGAAGGAGAAGAGCUUCAGGACCAGUCAGAGUCUUCUGUUCACGAGGAAGAUGUUUUUGUUUAAGCGUGGCCUUGACAUGUUGGACUGUUAAAAACAAGUUCCUGUGGUGGGAUGAUACUUGGCAGUGUCAGCGUGGCACUAAGAUAUCUACCGAAUGGGAUAAAGUAUGUACCUGCAAAGACGAGCACAAUUCCACGUUUCUUAAUCACCGUUUUCACUUCACAACAGUCCCAUCAGUGGUGGUGAUGAUGAUACUAAGCACUUCCACUUACAAAACAAGGCCACGUCACGGGCAGAACAGUUUGUGUUAAGCCGAGAAUCCUACGGCUGCUUUGUGUUCUCGUUUCACUGGUUUACUGCAUUUCCUUGUGCUUUUCUCAGUGUUUUAUUCGCCAUCCCAAUGGCAGUGUUGCACUGUUUGGACUCUUCUGGUAUCUGCUCGCCUACAGUGUUUGAAUCCUUCUUUGUCAUACAGUGAAACCUGUUUAGUUAUUGUUGUACACUGAAAUA